GUGGUGCAUCGGUGUGAGUUUUAAAUGACGAAAUGAUGAAUGAAUAAUACCUACGAAGAUAAUAAAUAAAUAAACAAACGUAUAAAGGGAUAGAAAAAAAAAGUGCGAAAAAACGGAGUGUGCGGGGUGAAAUCUUAUCGAGUAACCUGUGUGUACACCGUGUAUCGUUCUAUUAGUGUUUGGGACUGCCACAUCACUGCAGACAACUAAAUUAUUCCUCGCAUACGACACGCACUGUAGCUGCGGUUUCUUCAAGUUCCUUCCUGCAAUCGCCAUCGCCGUCAUUGAUGUUUGUUGCAGUGCAUAAUGCGUUAGGUCUGAUGGAGAUGGAGGUGGGCAAACAAGUCCAGGUCGUGGGUGGACUCGGUGGUCCGGUUGGGGGAGACCUUCACCACCAUCAUCAUCCCCACGGUGGGCAUGGGCACCCCCUCGUUACAACGGCCACCUCGCCACGGGUUCAGCCCCAGCACAAUCAGCAUCCUUCGGCAAGAUCAACGCCCGCACAGCUGCUCAGGCCGACGCAGGAGUACAUCAGCAUCAAGAGCAGCAGUCCGGUGUCCCCCAGGGCCGGGGGUUCUUACGUUGGUCCCGGGGGUGCGGCGGGUCCCCCAGGAAGCGGAGGCGGUGGAGGCAACCCUGGCGGUGGCUACGUCGCCGUGCCGGGGAAUCUCCGCUACGUCAACCCUUACCCUCCACCGUCCUCGACGCCCGUCAACCAGACACCCCCACCCCCACCCCUACCCCAGUCGGGGGCAGCGGCCGCCGCUGCCUAUACAAGGGAUCCGUACAGAAAUGCGGUAUCUAGUGUGAACGAGAGGGUGGCAAUAAGUGUAAGCAGCAGUCCGGUAUCUCAGAUCGGGGUCGGUCUUGGAGGUCCUGAGUACAUGGCUAGCACCCGCCCCCGGAUAUCCCUACUUCCACCAUCUUCUGUCGCACCUUCGCCGGCGUCCGCUGCUCAGGAGUAUCACGGGACUCCGUCCAGGAUAUCGCGGGGUCUGAUGCAAAUGCAGAUAGACCAAUACUGUCCGAGACCUGUAGACAUUAACGCUCUUCAGGAUGCACCCGCCUUCAAGAAGAUCCGGUUAAGUCAGCCUCAGUCCUCAAUUCAAGGCCAAAACUCUGAUGUCUGCAUCAAGCAGGAGCACAUACAGCUCCAACAGCCGCUUAGGGUAGACACUAGGAAGCAGCCGACGGCAGGUGCAUACACUCCACAAACAGAGGCAAUUUCACCAACGUUGCCAGAGCCUGGAACGCAGGAAGAUGCGCAGUUCAGGACUACAAAAGAUGAUUUGCUACAACAGAUCGCUAAAGUAGAUAGGGAGAUCGCGAAGGCUGAAUCCCAAAUCAGUAAGUUGAAGAAGAAACAGCAAGAGCUUGAAGAGGCAGCAAACAAACCACUUGAAGCUCCUGGCAUGAAGCGGCCAGUUGAGGAACAGUCGCAACAACCCAAACAUCAAUCUCUGGCCCAAAAGAUAUAUGCGGAGAACAGGAAAAAAGCCCAAGGAGCCCACCGGCUUCUGGAUACAUUGGGUCCAAGGGUUGAACUGCCUCUGUAUAACCAACCCUCAGAUACGCCGGUGUAUCAGGAAAACAGGAGUAGGCAUCAGGCGUGUAUGAGAGCCAGACUAGUAGCGAGGUUGAGAAGGGAGCAUGUCGAACGUGCUUCGUUGCAUCGGCAACAGUCUCACACCUACGCUACUUUGGUCCAAGAAUGGCAUCGUAAGGUUGAUCGUUUAGAAAGUACUCAAAAGAAGAAAACUAAGGAAAGUAAGAACCGUGAGUUUUUCGAAAAGGUCUUUCCUGAAUUACGCAAGCAAAGAGAAGAUAAGGAGCGAUUUAAUCGUGUAGGAGCUCGGAUCAAAAGUGAAGCGGAUCUUGAAGAGAUUCUAGAUGGCUUACAGGAGCAGGAGAUGGAAGACAAGAAGAUGCGUUCGUAUGCUGUGAUACCUCCAUUGUUAUUGGAUACAAAGCAGAGGCGAAUUGCCUUCCAGAAUCGGAACGGUCUUCUUCAACCUGAAGAACUGGAAGCUUUGCAUAAUGAACGGCGUCUAAUCAACGUCUGGAGUCCAAUGGAGCACGAACUUUUUAAAGAAAAAUACUUACAGCAUCCUAAAAACUUUGGAGCGAUAGCUCAAUCCCUUGAACAUAAAUCCGUACCAGAUUGUGUUCUGCAUUAUUAUCUCACUAAAAAGACAGAGAACUACAAACAGUUAUUACGAAAGUCUAGACAACGCACGCGCAGCUCUCGAAAUAAUCCUAACAAUAAGGUAAAUAAUAGCAACUCGGGAAUUGGGUCGAUAGAUAUUCUCCCUCCUGGUGUUACGACGAGGCUUCAGCGGGAGCAACAGCAAAAGACGCAGGAGAAUCCUCAGAGCAACGCCACAACGAAUACGACGAAUACAACUGCGACAGUGGCAAUGACAACGGCAUCUGCGCCGUCUGGUACGGCCGUUGCUACCGUUGCCAGUACUGUCACAUCUUCGAGUACAUCAAGUUCGAAUACACUUACAGACGCGUGUAUAACGACCACAACAAUUACGCUUACCACAACUGCCACAACUAGCGUCACGACUAUUCCAACGAGUAGUACGAAGGACGCUAAAGAUGCAAAUAAAGAAAACAAGGACAGUAAAGAAGGCCUUAUCAAAGACAUCAAAGAGGAAUCGCACUCUAGUUCCGAAACAGCUUCGGGAAAGGAUGCAAAACCCAUAGUAGACAGCAAGACGGUGUUGUCGACGUCAAUAAAUGUCAGUACACCGGGUAUUCUGUCUUUGCAAACCGAUGGAAAAGAUAAAAAAAAAGCUGGCAACGGAAAUGGCGGAAAUGUCAGCAGGACAAAGGAUAAGAAAAAGGAGAAUCAUGCGACGCCUAUGGAAACCAGCGAUGAAGAGGCGCCCCAUCCGAUGGAGAUUAUUGAAGGUGGAAGGCAGUUGGGACCGCACAGUUGCGUGGUCUGCCAGAACACGGUUGAGGGCGGAGGGCAAAGUCGAGCCUUGUCCAGGAGUCAGGCGUCCCAGUACGGGCUGAGAGAAGACCAGGUUGGACCCGGAGCUCGCGUCUGCAACACAUGCAGGUGUAAAGCUGUUCGCGGACGAUAUACCGCAUGUCCGCUUCCCGGAUGCCCAAACUUGAAUAACGCCAAUUCGACCUCUAAGACACGGGUGAAACGACUUCGAGCACUGCCGUCCAAAUGGAACGACCUUCCACCUGAGAUACGCGACCCGGUGGUACAAGAAUUUCAGAUUAGCAGUAACGUAACAAAAUGCUGCUCGGCAUGUUUCAACCGGAUAUCCAGACGUCUUGCCCCCCAUUUGACAGGGAGUGCCGAUAAUGUAGAAGACGUGGAUGGACCGGGGCGUCAAUGGACGGAUGAGGAAUUGGAACAACUGAAGAGAGCCUUGCGGGAGCACGGAACUAACUGGCCUAAAGUGUCUGAGCAAAUAUCUGGGAAGACCAAUCACCAGUGCAAAAACUACUACUUGACGUACCGAAAAAAAUUGGGACUCGACCAGAUAGUUGCAGAAUAUUACCAAACCCUUGGCAAAGAAAGGCGGCCCUGUCUUACGGAUGAAGAAGAAAGCGGCAGCAGCACGAGCAGCUGUGAUGAGCUUGCUGUGCAUGAUUCGAGCGACACGGCAAGUGCCGGUAGUCCGACAAACACGAUUACGAGUACCAACAUGCCUGUCGUUGUAACGAAAAAUACUGUCUUGUCCUUACCGAUGCCGUUGCAACAAUCUGAAGAUUCAAAGCAUACAGAAAAACUUGCAGAUAUGGCAGUUGUCUCGUUAGUACCACCUCCAGUAGCUAUAGUAACUCCUCAGCAGCCGUCUACUGGUGGUGGACCACCUCCAGUAGCCAGUAGAGAGGAUUAUGACAGUUCAGCUACGGAGACAGCGGACGAGGGUCAGGGUGGCGCUGAGUUGGACAACUCUAGCAUCGUUGUUACACUGAGUUCGAACCCCAAUGCCGCGACAAUUCUACAGCAACAACAACAACAGCAACAACAACAGCAGCAGCAGCAGCAGCAACAGCAGCACCAACACCAACAACAACAACAACAACAACAACAACAACAACAACAACAACAACAACAACAACAACAACAACAACAACAACAACAACAACAACAACAACAACAACAACAACAACAACAACAACAACAACAACAACAACAACAACAACAACAACAACAACAACCACAACCACAACCACCGCCACCGAAUCACUCACCUCCUUCAAAACCCACCAACAGCAAUCCUCUAACUGUUAAGGACUUGAUGCUUGGUAUGAUCGAAAUGCAGUUGAAACGGAACCCGAACAGUCCCGCUGGAAAUGGAUCAACUCUUCCCGUCAGCUCGGGCACUCCGACGAUCUCGAGUAUAUUGAAGACGGAUCAUCGGAGUGAUAUCAGCUUCACCCGCGAGUAUAAAUCCGCAAACGUGCAACCCACCUCUGGCAGGGAUUCUGGUCUCGCUACCCUGUCUGUUGUUUCCGGUCCUCAUCACGGGCACCAUUCCACACCUAGUCCACAGCACAUUGGUCAAAUGCAAGCGACCAUAACACCUUGUCCACCGCCACCUCCUGGAAGUCAAACUCAAUCGUCAGACCUACCAAAAGAAGGACUUGUUGUCAUGCAAGUACAGCAGGCUCUGCGUGAAACGGAAGGUGUAACAUUGGAUCUGAGCAUAAAAAAACCCAGGCAACAGUCGGAGUACAAUCAUUCGUUGCAACCACCACACAAACCACCCCCUGUCACUCUUUAUCGCGCCGAACCUCCACCUGGAACAUACUACCAUCCUCAUUCUCAUUCAGAGCAGGGUCGUGGUGCAAAAAGUCCUCUUGUCUACGGUUCCUCUCCUAGACCUCAAGCUCCGCUGACACCAAUAAUGAAUAAAGUUACCGCUCAGCCACCACAUCCAAAAUUAUCACCAAAAUUAACUGGCAUUCCCAGUGGUCACAAAGGUGGCUCAAUCACGCAUGGUACACCCGUAUCCGGUGCC